UAAUAUGGACUCUGAGUGUCAUUGUUGGACAGCAAGGGCGCUGCAUGGAUAAGUAUUGAAACAAACCGUUUCCAUAUUUCAGCUGAUGGACAAGGAGAUGCAGUAGAAAGCAUUAUGUUAAAAGCUGCUUCACAAAGGAUUCUGUUUUUAUGAUCCUACUGUAAAAUAUUGGGUUAGCUGGGGAAUUCUACGUGGAAAACAAAUUAGGAAGAAAAGAGGAAAAAAAAGAUGAGGAUGGAAGCAAAAUAUAAAACCAGAAUACAGGAACCAAAUUUGAGGCAAGUACUUUUUCUAUUAUUAUAUUCUUCGAUCAGCUGGGUGGUACCUGAGCAGGUUCAGAACCCACCUUCAGAGGAAACAGAAAAAAAAAUUCUUUGUGGGGAACCUUGCUAAAGAUUUAGGGUUGAAUGUUGAUCUGCUGUCAAAAGUGUGCUAUCUCUUCAGAAAAACAGUGUUUUAUUCUGGAUGAGCAAAAUGGUGAUCUAUGUGUGAAUGACAGAAUAGACCUGGAAAAGAUUUGUGGAAAAUUAUCUACUUGCAUCCUGAAACUAGAAGUUGUGGCACAUAAUCCUUUAAAUAUUUUCCCCAUAAAAGUUUUCAUCCUAGAUAUUAAUGAUACUGUCCCACAGUUCAAAGAAAAAAUAUAAAAUUCAAAAUGAGUGAGUCUCAUUUGCCAGGGAAAUGUUGAAGAUGAGGACAUUGGAAUCAACUCACUUCAAGAUUAUCAUUUGAGCUCAAUCCUGUAUUUCAAACUAGAAAGAGAGCAAUGAUGGUGGCAAAUAUGCAAAAUUGAUUUUGCAAAAGCCGCUGGACAGAGAAAAGGAGGACACACAUCACUUGAUUCUUAUAGCUUCAGAUAGAGGAUGUCCAGUGAAAACGGGGACAUCAAUGUUAUUGAUACAAAUUAUAAUUUCACUUUGAAGACAGAGAAAGCUAUGUGAUGAUAAUAUGGGCAAGUGAUGGAGGUGGACUAGUGGCACAUUGCAAUGUAGAGAUUGAAGUUCUUGAUGAGAAUGACAAUGCUCCGGAUGUAAUUAUUACAUCUCUGUCCAGCCCCAUUCUUGAAGAUAUUCUGCCUGGAGCAGUGAUCGCCCUCAUCAAAGUCCACAACAGAGAUUCUGGACUUAAUGGGGAAGUCACCUGUUACCUAAGGGAAAUUGUACCUUUCCAGGUGAUCUCAUCAUCAGAUAACUACUUCAAGCUCCUCGUAGAUGGUCCCCUUGACAGAGAAAAAACACCGGUGUAUAACUUAACAAUUACAGCCACAGACCAAGGCACACCUCCUCUUUCCACAGAUAAAACCAACUCAGUACCAAUCUCAGAUAUCAAUGAUAACCUUCCAGCAUUUGAAAAACCUUCCUAUGUCGCCUACAUUCCUGAGAACAACCCAUCUGGAACGUCUAUUUUCAAGGCCUUUGACCCAGAUCUGGAUCGUAAUGCCCAAAUCACCUAUUCCAUGCUUAACAGCAACGUUAAGAACCUGCCUCUCUCCUUCUACGUUUCCAUUAACUCUGAGACUGGAACUCUCUAUGCUCAACGAUCUUUUGACUAUGAGCAGCUCAGAGACUUCCAGCUGCAAGUGCAAGCUCAGGAUGGAGGCUCUCCAUCUCUCAAUAAUAGCGCCAUGAUCAAAGUGUGUGUACUAGAUUAGAAUGAUAAUACUCCCCAGAUCCUGUACCCUUCCCAGACAACUCAGGGUUCAUUGUUCUUUGAGGUGGUACCUCACUCAGCUGAUUUGGGUUACUUGGUGACAAAAGUCGUGGCUGUGGAUGCUGACUCUGGACACAAUGCCUGGCUCUCUUUUCACCUCCUGCAGGCCACAAAACCCUCACUCUUCAUCAUUGGCUCAAACAGGAGAGAUAAUAGUAAUACUAAUGAUAAUAAAGUUGGAAGGGAGCUUGGAGGUCAUCGAGUCCAACCCCCUGCUCAGGCAGGAACCCUACACCAUUUCGGACAAAUGGCUGUCCAGUCUCUUCUUAAAAACUUCCAGUGUUGGAGCAUUAGCCAUUAGAGACAUUACCAAGCAGAGGCUGGUCAUCAUGGAGAGGGAUAAUGGACAGCCACCUCUCUUGGCCACCACUAGCCUCAACCUGGUCUUUGCUCAGAACUUCCAGGAGGCUCUUCCUGAAAUGAAUAGGGAAAAUGAGUAGGGAAAAAUUAAACACCUUAGUUCUAAUUCUACUGACAAUAGUGGCACUCGGUGUACAUAACUGGCAUUGAUGUGUGAAAUUUUUCCCCAUGUUUUAAAAUCUAACUAAGCCUAUUUAGUUUUGUAGGACCCUGGGCGCAAAAUUAUAGUAGCUAACCUUACUGAAAAUAGAAGUGUAGCCAGUCGAUUUAAGAUCUCUUAAUUAGUAAAGCUUUAAAAUUACUUUAUCUGAUGGUAUAUUGUGCCAGCAAUAUUAAAAAUGAUUGACGGGAAUUAAAGAAGGAGAGAUCUCUUCUACUGUUCAUUCUUUCACCAUCCAUGUUCAAGGGAGAGAUUGUGCUUUUAUCUCUUUAUCUCUUUUCUAGGGCAUGGUUUAUAUUGGAAAAAAAAUCUGUCAGCUUUACAUUCCAAAACGUCUGCAAUUCUUAAUUUACUUUUAGUUAAACUGGAUUAGAUUUGAAUCAGAUUCUUGAAUUUGCAAUAUCAAAGUAAUGAAAAAAAACAGUUUUAUCUGAAAUAUUAGUGGUAUGUGGCACUACAAAGUUUGAGAGCCUCUUGUCUUAUUAAUGUUGUCACUCAUAAUUGAGAAAAAUCAGAUUUUUUAUAGAUGUAUUGGUAGAUUUAGAUUAUUAACUAUUUUGGUAUUUCUAAUUUUGAAAGGUUGACAUGACAAACUAUUAUCUGAUUUGGAUAAACUACUGACCAGAUGGAUGGGGAGAAUAAUAGUUUUAAACAAUAAUUAAGAGAACAUUACAGUUUGCUCAGUGAAGAGAGUAAUUUAUUUAGGCAGCAAGACUUUAUUUUUAAAGAUAAAGAAAAAACAUUUGGACAGGAUAUAUAAGAUCUCCUAUCUUGAGCAUCGGUCUGAACUACAGAACUUCCAAAGUCCCUUCCAGCUCUGUGAUUCUUAUGAUCUAAAACUUUUGAAUCUCAUAUUACACAGUGCUUUACUAUAUUUUAUUGGUUUCAGUAUCUUCAAAUAAGUAGCUGCAACAAAGGAACCAGAGAAACAAGGAGAAACAUUAAGAAGUUUGACUGAAUUUGAAAAUCUUAUAAUAUAC